AUGAGCGACCAGACGAAACCGAUUACUGCUGGUGAGUUCGCCAAGGCGAUUACCGAUAUCUCUGACCAGCAAAUCGAGCUGGUAAAAGCGCAAUUGCUCAAUUCCAUCGACCGUCUUCUCGACACCAAUUUGGAGCUUGCUAAGGAAGUGACGGUAGUAAAGACCAAACUCCAAGCACUCAAACCUGACGACAACCACGACGAGUUGAAAGAGGACUUGCUUCUAUUUUUGGAGACGAUCCGUGAAAAUAAUGACGUGAUUGACGACCAAGUGAGCCGAAUCAAGAUUGCUAAUGCUGAGAUGGUGAAACGAGGCACGAUGGCUUCGUCGUCGCAGCAGACUCAGGAGAACAAGUUGGAUGACCGAGUGGCGACAUUGAAACUGGCAGUUCAACAGGAAAUGGGUGUCGAUGUGGUGUGGAACAUGGUAAAGGAUAAUGAUGAUCCCCAGUAUGAUAUCGUCGAGGAACCCCUGUCCACCACUAAGGUUGCUGAGGCUGCUGACACCGCCGACACUAAUGAUGAGGGCGUAUACCUUUAA